AUGGAACCGAUAAAGAGACAAAGCAUCAAACUUUGUGUCUCAAUUUCUUUACUUCUCGCUUUUCUUUCAGUUUUGACGUAUUAUUUUUAUCAAGUUUACACGGGAAAAAAGCUAAAUGCCAGCAUCUCCAUCCCCUCUGAUGUGCUCUUAAAAGAGUAUAGUCGAACAAUUAUUCAAGACAUAGGGGGUAUUUUGGAUCUAAAUGUCCCGUAUUCUCUGAUACACGAGCUUGCUCUUCCUCGACCAGUUGGGUCGAAGCAACAUCGGAGAGUUAUUGAGAUUAUUUCAAAGAAAUUGAAGCAGUUCCAUAUGAGCGUGUUUCAUGAUAAGUUUCAAUCAGACACUGUACUUGGUGUCAAAAGUUUUACAAACAUCAUCGCCAUUGACAAUUUAAAAGCGACCUCAUUUAUAAUCCUAGCUGCACAUUUUGAUUCUAAACGAACUUCAAAAAAUGUUGAUCGAGAAAAGUUCUCUGGAGCUUCAGAUGCUGCAGCAUCCUGUAGCAUUUUACUCGCCUUGGCUCAAUUGUUAUCAAGCUACAGGAUUACCACGACGCAAUUGGGGGUUAUGUUUAUUUUUUUCGACGGCGAAGAGGCAUUUAAGAGCUGGACCGACAAAGAUUCAUUAUAUGGCUCAAAACAUCUUGCGAAGGUAUUUUCUAAAAGGAAAGAUGAGGUGAAGCUAUCCGAUCUGCACCUGAUCGAAUACGAAUCUAGUGAUAGUGAUCAGAAGACCAAAGCUUUUAAUGUCGAUUCAAUUUCACUAUUCAUCCUUCUAGACUUGCUAGGAGCCAGGGAUGAUGUGCAAGUUGCAUCUUUCUUUAAAAAUACACACAAGGAGUUUCUUGAACUCUUUAAAAUUGCAAAGCAAGUCGAGGCAUACCUGCCCCCUCUGGAGCAACAAUAUUCUCAACAGCAAAAAAGAAAACCCCAGCUAAUGUCCCAAAGGCUUGUAGACACCCUAGUCGUAGAAGAUGAUCAUCUGCCUUUUAAAAAGCUGGGAAUCCCAAUUCUGCUUCUCGUUCCUGCUCCCUUCCCAAAGCACUGGCAUACUUUGGAAGACUCUAUAGACAAUUUAGAUGGCCGCGCAUUGUAUCAUUGGACAAUCUCGCUUUUUUUGUAUUUCGCAGCAAAAAAUCAAGUAUCGGAUUUUUAG